AUGUUCACGAUGCCUGUAUCUGGAUUGCUCUGCAACUCAUCCUGGGGAUGGCAAAGCGCGUACUACGUCCACGGAGCGUUGUGCAUGUUCCUGUUCUCACUUUGGUGGUGGUACUACCGUAACGACCCUGUUGACCACCCGAAAAUGACGGAAGUCGAGCUCGAGAAGAUUCAGCGCGGCAAGAAGGAGGAGGAGCUCGGUCAACAUGAGGCUGUACCGGUUGGGGCAAUCCUUCGGGACCCCGUCGUUUGGAGCGUCUGGUUGUCGGCCUUCGGUGAGCUGAUGAUGUCCCAAUUCAUUGUCCUCUACGGCCCCACUUUCAUCAAGGAGGUCCUCAACUUCUCCGUCGGAAAAUCUGCCAUGAUGGUCGCUAUGCCUCGCUUCGUCCAUCUUUGUUUCAAGAUCAUUUCCGGACAUUUGAGUGACAAGAUUAAGUUCCUGUCCGAGAAGACCAAGAUGAUCAUCUUUAACACGAUCUCCCUGAUGGUGUCCGGCUUCUUCUUCUGCGUACUUGGCUUCAUUCCCAAGGAACAAGCGUUCUACAGUAUCGUCAUCCUCUUUAUCAUCGAGGCGACGACCGGAUGUAUUUGCGGCGGUUUCUACAAGUGUGCUACCCUCGUCGCAAGACAACACUCCCACUUCGUCCUCUCUGCCAUCCAGUUCAUCAAGUGCUCUCCCUCUUCAUCGAGCCCACCC